UCAUGGUCAAUGUGGCUUGCUACACGUACAAGUGAUGCCCUAUAAAUACUUGACCACCUAGUGUUCCAAAUUUAGUUCAGGUAUUGGUUUCAAGCGAGUAAGCAAAUUAUCCAAACUGAAAAACUAACUACAUUUUCAAACGCUAUCCAUCAAAAUGGUUGCCCAAACUCCAGAACAGACCGUAUUCGCAGAGGACGCAGUGCUCGAAAGCACAUAUCCCAGAAUUCCAAUCCCAGAUUUGGAAACGUUGAGUGCUUGCGAAUUUUUACUCAACGCUGCAAAAGAAAACGUAAAAUUGGGAAGAACCAAAUGGCUGACAAACACAAUCACUGGAGAGACGCUCAACUUUUCUGACGCGGAGCCAAUGUCCCGUUCAGUCGGCAGUGCCAUGUUCAAGAGGGGGAUGAAAAAGGGAGACGUUUGCCUCUACAUGACCACGGACGUGACCAAAGUGUUCGUCUUCACGUUGGGAGUGUGGCGAUGUGGAGGGAUCAUGUACUCCUCGUAUCCAGAGGACACACAAGACACAAUCCUCACAAGGAUUGAAGAGUCGAAUGUGAAAUGGGUCCUUUGCGACGCUGGUUCAGUACCGCAAGUGAAGCAGGCCAUUGCUCAAGUCCCAUGGGCAGUGGAAAUCAUGGUCAUUGGAGACGUUGACGAUUGUACAAAUAUUAGCGAAAUUUUCGAAGAUGAUGGUGCCGAAUGCCCAAACCUUAGCGAAGAAGCAGAUUUGGACGAUCCGCUUCUCAUCCUCUGCACUUCCGGUACUACUGGAAAAUCGAAGGGUGCCGUCUACACGAAUCUUCAAGUCCUGGCUUUCACCAUCGGCACUUCCAACAUUCCAUACAAUGAGGCUCCAGCCAUUCUUGUCCUCAGAUGCACCCACGUCCUGGGAAUGCUGUUUCCCAUUCGAAACCUCAAAGCUGGGGUGUGGUCCGUCCUCAUGCACGACAUCACCAAAGAGAAUAUUUUCAAGGCUGUCGACCAAUACAAACCAGUCCUCGCUUUCGGAUUCGCGACCUUCCUGGUUCUGCUCGCCACUGACCCCGAAGCCAAGAAGUAUGACCGAUCCUCACUCGAGGUCAUUAUCACUGGAGGAAUGGUACUGACUGAAAAGUUCUACAACGACAUGAUGACUCUUCCCUCUGUCAAAUGUGUCUUCAACGGAUACGGGAUGACCGAAUGCGCCGCGCUCACGACCACAAUCGACCUCUCAGGUCUAUCACAAGGGUACAAACUCAUGCCCAACGUGCCUGCACUUUCUUGUGGAAAACUGUACCCAAACACCUCCAUGAAAAUUUUGGACCUCGACAACGGUCGCGGACUGGGACCCAAGCAACAAGGAGAAAUCGCGAUUGCGAGUCCCAUCAUGUGCUCAGGAUACUGGAAGGGAUCUGCCGAAACCAACAGCCUCUUCCAAAAUGGUUGGAUGAGAACGGGGGACUUGGGAUAUUAUGACGAGAACGGCUUUGUCUACGUGGUGGACAGAAUUAAGGAAACCUUCAAGUACUUCAACUGCCAUAUUUCUCCAGCGGAAAUUGAGGAAAUUAUCCUUCACCAUCCCUCAGUUGAGGAGGCCGUAGUUGUGGGCGUGGUUGACCCCGACGGUGGGGACAGAAUUCCACGAGCAUUCGUUGUCCUCAAACAAGAUUCACAGAACGAGGCUCCAGAUGUUAUCCGAACAUUUGUGGAUAACCAGGUUGCGCCGUACAAGAAAUUGAGGGGCGGUCUCUACGUGAUUCCUUCCCUUCCAAAGAACAAAACCGGAAAGAUUUCCAGAGUCGAUUGUUUAGCAUUAGAUGUCCAAGCUCCUGCUUGUUAGGAAAUUUUACGCUUAAUUAAUAACCGAUAUAUCUCAAUUAACAAAUUAGUAUUGAUUAAUGAAUAAGGAUUGAUUAAUGAAUUGAUUAAUGAAUAUUAAUGAAUCGAUGUUUGUGGAUGGUCACGAUCUGAGCUAAAUAUUUGUUGCUGACCAAUUGAAAGUGCUUUCUGAAUGAUGAUAUAAACUUUACAACUUGAUAUAAUUAAGUGUAGUUUCUCAGUAUUUACCUAUGUAUUUUAUGGAUAAUAAAAACUAAAGAAAAAUAAUGCAAGUUUCAA